GUUGACGCUCUCAUGCCCACCACCACCAACACCACGACCGCCACCUCUUCCACCUCCUCUCUCACAACAUCGUAAUCGCAUCCGCAUCCACCCCAAACCUCCAUCUCACGACUUUACUCUUACGGCCCCACGACCUUCAACCUCGUCUCGCCCGAGACCUCACCCCUCGCCUCAAACCCACCCCUCCCUCCUGCAACAAUCGACGAUCUUGACAUGCAGAGUCCCAGCUGAGAUAUUCGCCCAACUUCCUGGUCUGUGACUGCGGUGAGCAUUUGCCUGCUUGCACCUUGUCUCAUGCAGUCGUCCCGACCAGCCAAACACUCGUCUGUCUCGAGGUCCAGACACCCAUAAACGCCCUCUCCUCGCUCCAUCUAAGCAUGAGUGAAUCAACAUACUCGUCCUUCCGGCCCAACCCCUUCAAGUUUCAAACCUCAGACGCGCAGAGCACAAACAACCAACCCCCACCGCAAUCAUGGGAAGACGAUCGGUUCCUAGUGACACCUCCCAUCCAGACUACUCAAGUCAAUCCACUUGACCAAGCCCUGACGGAACAAAAUGUACAUGCUUUUCAAGCCAACCAACAGGCCUCCGCUCGAAAUGCCCAUAUCAAUGUGGCGCCUUCAAGCUGGCGAAAUCUGUCGGGUCAAGACUCCUCAUUUUUGCUCAACGGACUUCACAUUAAGACCGAUGUCGAGCAACCUCAAAGAUCCUACUCAACUACUUCAGUUGACUCUGACACCCGGCUACGAACCAGCGCGUCAGCUUCGAGCCUACCUCGUCGGGCCCCGAGUGUACGGGCUGUCCUCCACUCCUCCGCCGGCUCCGUUUCCCCCGGGACCGCCAUUUCUUCUCCUCAGAUUGCCGCCAUGCUCGAUAUCACUCCCUUGCCCUCUCCCACCAUGGCGUCCAUCGAAAGUUGGAAGCCGAUUUCCAAAACCAGGUCUCGUGGCUCCUCCACUGCAUCCUUGAAAGUAGAGACUGCGCCGGCCUUCUCGACCUCGACUUUUUCUCCCGGCUCCCCACGACGCAAGUACUAUCACGGGCUGCAGUCACCCACCACGAGAUCAGGGAGCUCCGAUAGCCAGCACCUGUCGGGAGAGGACCUUCGCAACAGGAGCGUCAGCGAAUAUGUGCCCGAAGCUCUAGCGGUACAGAAACCACGAAAUAUCGUGGUCUCGACGUCUGCCCCACGUGUGGAGACCACAGCAUCUACUGUGAUGCACCGGGAGGAAUAUCUAGGCGAACAACGAGGAAUUGUAAAGGCAGACUCGCUGCCGACAGCGACAGAGACCGACAAUCUCCAUGACGUUGAUGUCACUGUCGACGAUGCACCGGCGGCAAAGCGGCCCAAACUAGAGGUAUUCCACGCGAGAAGCUUAGCCACAGGCGAGCCGCGAUCCUAUGAAGCUUUGCGACUACUGGGACAAGGAACUUUCUCCAAAGUGUACUUGGCUGUACGACAGGUAAAUGAUCGAAAAGACAGCGUCGACUAUCGCCAGGACAGUGUCAACAUGGCCGGAGUCAGGGCUCGGUCUCGACGGCUUGUAGCCGUCAAAGUUGUCGAGCACGGCCCGGCCGGCGGAGCUGAUGCAGACCGGAUCGAAAUUGGCCUGAAAAGAGAGGUCGACAUUUUAAGAGCGAUCCAGCAUCCGUCUCUAGUUCAUCUCAAGGCUUUUGGACACGACGGCACAGCGAGAGCGAUGCUAGUCAUGAAUUAUUGUCCCGGUAACGAUCUGUUCGAAGUCGCCAGCAAGCACCAGGACGUUCUUUCACCGCCUCUGAUUCGUCGUAUAUUCGCCGAACUGGUUUCGGCAGUUCGAUACUUGCAUCAAAAGUUCAUUGUUCAUCGUGAUAUCAAACUGGAGAAUGUAUUGCUCAACAUACCGGUCCGUGUUCAUGCCGAUGUCUCCGACUGGCAAAAGCUAGAUCGAGCAGUUGUCACAUUGACUGACAUGGGAUUAUCACGGCGGAUACCUGAACCGCCCGACAGUCCACUCCUUACGACAAGAUGUGGAAGCGAGGAUUACGCCGCGCCGGAAAUCCUCAUGGGACAGCCUUAUGACGGGCGUCAGACAGAUGCAUGGGCAUUGGGUGUUCUUUUAUAUGCCUUGAUGGAGGGCCGACUGCCUUUCGACCCAGUUCCCGGGGCCCGUGGAGAUCCUGCAGUUCUACGGGCAAGGACACCGCAUCGUAUCGCGCGAUGCGAAUGGGCCUGGGUCAAGUAUGGCGAUGAGGAUGGUGAUUGGGACAAUAACAAGGGAGCAGAAUUAUCAGGGGCACGGGAAUGCGUCGAUGGGUUAUUGAAGCGAAAUACACGACGAAAAGCAUUGAGCGAUAUCCGCGAAUUGGACUGGGUUCAGAACGGGAUCCAGGUGGAUGGUGGCCUUCGAUGGGUUGAGGAAGAAUCCUUGUGAACAGGGGAAGGCUUUGGGAAAUGCGACGUGCAGCACAACCAAAGCAGGGGUAUGCGCUGUUGAUGGAUGAUCAUGAAUAACUAUGGAUGUAACAUAAGCCAAGGACUUGUUUGAGUACAACAAAGGAUCGGUGAUAGCGAAGUUGUUAUUACUAUACCAGAGACAGAUUGAUUGAGUAGCUUGGGACACAUUUGAGAUGUGC